AACUUCACAUAACUUCCUAAUACAUUCGUACCCAACACCCAAAACAGAAAAAAUCCUCUUCGAGUUCUCUGCGACCUAAAGAGAAAGAAAUUGGCACCUUGAGGAUCGCGAGUCAAAGGUGAAAAAAAUUCAAAAUCGUUUAGUUGCUCUUCAAUUUGGAGGUUUCUUUUGCUGUUAAGCGUUUGAUCCAGACCUCGAUUCAAAAUGAGUUUCUUAUUCGGGAAAAAGAAAUCUCCUGCAGAGCUUCUACGAGAGAACAAGCGUAUGUUAGACAAAUCUAUACGUGAAAUAGAAAGAGAAAGGCAAGGGUUACAAACACAGGAGAAGAAACUCAUCACAGAGAUUAAGAAGACAGCAAAGCAAGGGCAAAUGGCUGCUGUAAAGGUGAUGGCAAAGGAUCUCAUUCGAACAAGGCAUCAAAUAACAAAAUUCUAUGCACUGAAGUCACAGCUUCAAGGUGUUUCUCUCCGCAUCCAGACAUUGAAAUCAACACAUACUAUGGGAGAGGCGAUGAAAGGUGUUACAAAGGCAAUGAGGCAAAUGAACAGACAGAUGAAUUUACCAGCAUUACAGAAAAUAAUGCAAGAGUUUGAAAGACAAAAUGAACGGAUGGAAAUGACAAUGGAAGUUAUGGGGGAUGCUAUUGAUGAUGCCAUGGAAGGAGAUGAAGAAGAGGAGGAAACCGAAGAACUAGUCAAUCAAGUUCUUGAUGAGAUUGGAAUUGAUAUUGAUUCUCAGCUGGUAAACGCUCCAGCAACUUCUGUGGCAACACCGGCAGCACCCACAAAAGUUGCCCAAGCUACCGCAGCUAAUACUGAGGAUGCAGGGAUUGAUGAUGACCUACAGGCAAGACUUGAUAAUCUGAGAAAGAUGUAGAUGAGUAUUGACAGCAGAGUUCCUUACUGAACCUCUAAUAUCUGGUCAUUUAAUUGUUUAUGAACACACAAGUUUUCUGGUGGUAACUGUUUGUUAUACUUACCAGGAACACUGAAAACAAUUAUCAGGUGCCCUUGUUUGUAUUGGCUCUCAUCUGAUUAUUGUAUCUCUAGAAUUCAUAUGGAUGUGUAUAUACUAUAUAUAGAAGAUUUGCUUGUCAUGGUUGUUUGUUA